AAUGCAAUUCGCAAUUUCGCAUUGCUCUGUGACUGUGUUUUUGCUGUGUACAAAUACAUUUCACUCUCGUCUUUUCAAUUUUCCUCCUCUGUUGUAUCAAUGGCGGCGGCAAUUCGAUACUUUGAGUUGAACACUGGUGCUAAGAUGCCGUCAGUGGGUUUGGGAACGUGGCAGUCCGAUCCUGGCGUCGUCGGCCAAGCCGUUGAGAUUGCUAUCAAGGGGGGCUACCGGCAUAUUGAUUGUGCUCGAAUUUACAAGAAUGAAAAGGAGAUUGGUGAAGUUUUGAAGAGGCUGUUUAAAGAUGGUGUUGUCAAGAGGGAAGAGCUCUUCGUUACAUCCAAACUCUGGAACACUGAUCAUGCACCUGAAGAUGUACCAGUGGCACUAAACAAAACUCUUGAAGACUUGCAGCUGGACUACGUUGAUCUGUACCUUAUGCAUUGGCCUGUCAGUAUGAAGCCUGGUUCGACUGACUUUAAACCUGAAAACCUUAUGCCAACCAACAUACCUAGCACAUGGAAAGCAAUGGAAAAACUUUAUGAUUCAGGGAAGGCCAGAGCUAUUGGUGUUAGCAAUUUCUCUACUAAGAAACUGGGAGAUCUUUUGCAAGUAGCUCGUGUUCCUCCUGCUGUGAACCAGGUGGAGUGCCAUCCUUCAUGGCAACAAGCCAAAUUGCGGGAGUUCUGUAAAUCCAAGGGAGUCCACCUCUCUGCCUAUUCGCCGCUUGGUUCUCCAGGUACAACAUGGCUUAAAAGUGAUGUACUAAAGCAGCCAGCUGUAAUCUCAGUUGCUGAGAAAUUGGGCAAGACUCCUGCUCAGGUUUGUCUUCGUUGGGGCAUUCAGAUGGGUCAGAGUGUACUUCCUAAGAGCACACAUGAAGCACGGAUCAAAGAGAAUCUUGAUGUAUUGGACUGGUAUAUACCUGAUGACUUGUUUGCCAAGUUCUCUGAAAUUCCACAGGCAAGGCUGCUGAGAGGCACUUCAUUUGUUCACGAGACUUAUGGCCAGUACAGAACACUUGAAGAGCUAUGGGAUGGUGAGCUCUAAGGUCUCAGUCAGAAUUAACUGUUGAAGAUAGGCAAAUCUCAGUCCAUUUAUCUCAUAGAUCAACCCAUUUAUCUUAUAGAUGUAGGCUUCUUGCAUCUGUCCCUCUACUGCCUGGGUGCUGAAAACCAUUCAAUAAUCUUGCAGAUUCUAACGAAACAUUACUCAAACGUUUGAUUAGCUGGGGUAUACCCCAAAAAUAGCAACUUUCAGUGGUCAUCUUUUAUUAUAUUAGUUAAACGCUUGCUUUAUCGCACUUCAUAUCCCUUUCCUUUUGUUAGGUGGAAGAAGUAAGAACUUAAAUUUCUGCAGCAGCCGUGAAAAGAAAGAAAAUAAGCAGAACAGUAACUGAAGUAUCCAAUUAUUG